UGCCCGCCCGGGAGCCCGGGUGCCGCCGCCGCCUCCCGCUCGCUUCCCCUCGCCCAGGGGGGAAAGGUCAGCAGCGUCCUGGAGCCGCCGUGUCACUCCCCGACAGCCAUGAACUGCAGCGAGAGCCAGCGGCUGCGCACCCUCCUCAGCCGCCUGCUGCUCGAGCUGCACCACCGGGGCAACGCCAGCGGCCUGGGCGCCGGCCCCGGCCCGAGCAUGGGUAUGGGGGUCGGGCCCGACCCGUUCGUGGGCCGCGAGGCGACCAGCGCCAAGGGCGACGACGCCUAUCUCUACAUCCUGCUCAUCAUGAUCUUCUACGCCUGCCUGGCCGGGGGCCUCAUCCUGGCCUACACCCGCUCCCGCAAGCUCGUCGAGGCCAAGGACGAGCCGGCCCAGGCCUCCGCGGCGCACGAGUGGGCCGCCGCCGACGCCGAGACUGCGGCCGGCUCUCCGGCCCAGGGCCGCCGCCAGCUUGCCCCCGGGGCGCCGCCCGCCCCGGCCCAGGGCGCCGAGGGGGUCUAGAACCGCGGCCCCGUUUGCUCUCUCGCGCGCGCCCUCCUGGUCUCCCGCGUCCCCGGGCGCGGCGCCCGCCUUCUCCUUUCCUCCCCUUCCAGGUGCCGCCUCACCUGAGGCCCAGACGGGGAGAGGCCCGCAGACCUCGUCUGACAGGCCCUGGAAGGAGCACCACCCUACCCACCCCCCAGACCGCUUUUUCCCUCUUAACCCUCCCACCCGGCCACCCCAUGCCUACACCCCUACCCCGCACACCCAACUGCACUAAACUGCCUCUGCUCUCUUGUCUUCAGA